UUUAUAAACAAAUAGAUUAAGAAGAUACAAUUCCUAUUAUUUUCUUAGCAUCCAAAAGAGAGAAAGCAAAGACAACAACACUUUGUUUAGCUAAAUGUCUGCAACUCGAGAUGGGGAAGACAUGAAUCCUACAAUGAAGUAUGAGAAGUAUGAAGCUGAGUAUGCUCAAUAUCUAAUGGGAAAAUAUUUCUCUGACAAGAGCUUAUGUGGAGGAAAGAUCUUUGAUAAUGAAGUGAAGAUUGAUGACCAAAUCAUCAAGUCAAGCAGUUUCAGAACCAGUAAUCUCCAGGAUGAAAACAAGCCAUCAUCAAGUUUUCUUCCAGCUCUGAGCUCUACUAGUAUCCCAUGUAGGAAACCUAGAUCCAGGGUAGAAUAUUUUUAGUUUAAUGCUUGUUUGGUUUCUUGGAAAAUUAUUGCUUCCCGCUUUGGAACGUUGCUUCCAUUUGGUGGUCACAGCACUUGGUUCAUAAAUGUUGAUGUUUUAGGUAAAACUUUGACGGUGGUUCUGGUUAAAAAUGUAAAAUCACAUAAAAAUAUAAUUAUUUUUAUAUAUAAUUUAUGUAUUUCUUUUAAUA